AUGUUCAUCUUCAAGAAAGGCUUAAUACAUCUUGUUGCACUUAUUUACGUUGAUGACAUUCUUUUGAUGGGGAAUGAUGAUAAAAGACUCAAUGAGGUGAAAGCAUACUUACAAACACAAUUUAGCAUUAAAGAUUUAGGACUGUUAAAAUAUUUUCUUGGCAUUGAGGUGGCCAGAUCGGCUGAAGGUUUUGUUAUUAGUCAACGCAAGUACACUUUGGAUAUUUUGAAGGACUCUAGAAUUGAAGGGAGUCACCCUAGUUCUUUUCCUAUGGAACAAAAUUUGAAACUUCAUAAAGACGAUGACAGCUCGGAGGUUGAUGCUUCCAGGUAUAGACGGUUAGUAGGAAGAUUGCUUUACCUCACAGUUACACGUCCUGGGAUAACUUUUUCUGUAAACCAAUUAAGUCAGUUUCUUGCUAAACCUCGAAAAACACACAUGGAUGUUGCAUAUCGGGUACUUGGUUAUCUUAAAACCACACCAGGCCAAGGUCUAUUUUUGCCUUCAUCAGGGAAUCUUGAAUUGAUGGCAUAUUGUGAUGCUAGUUGGCUAAGCUGUCCAUCCACCAGAAAAUCUUGCACAGGUUAUUUCAUUAGCUUGGGAGGUUCUCCUAUCUCUUGGCGCACAAAGAAACAAAGUGUUGUUGCUAGGUCUUCAGCUGAAGCAGAAUAUAGGUCCAUGGCUAGUACUGUUUGUGAAGUUGUUUGGUUAAGGUGGCUCUUGCAAGAUUUCGAUGCUACUCAAAAGGGUCCUACUCCUUUGAUGUGUGACAAUGAUGCAGCCCGACACAUCGUAGUUAAUCCAGUUUAUCAUGAACGGACCAAGCAUGUUGAGAUGGAUUUAUCGAACAUAUACUUAAGGAAUACAAUAGUUAAAGCAAUAGAAAAUCCUGGAGGCUUGCUUAAAGGAUUUGAAGUAUGCCUUGCAACUCAUGUGCAGCCUCCUGUGAGUACUAUGUCAGCUAUUGUGAGGUCUACAGGUGGAAAUGUGAUUAGGAGUUUUGAAAAAGCAAAGGAUUUAGGGAAAACGAUAUCUGUUGCAAGUGAAGAGGGGAUGGAAGAAGCAUUGUCAGCUGUGAAGAAAGGGAUUGCUACUUUUAGUAACGACUGGUUUAUGAAUUGUGUCAUGAAAUAG